AUGAAUGCGGCAACACUGAUUCUCAACGACGAUGUUGAUGGCGCGAGAGUGGUCCUUCUACGGGUUCUUCGACCUUUCAUACUCUGGGAAAAGGCGUGGUUGCCUUCGUUCGGGCAACAUUGGGAUUCGGAACAGGAGAUUAUGCGACAAGCAUCCGAUCGUCUCUACGAAGCGGAAACCAGCGCGGCCAGCAACCAAACCUGGGCUCAGCAUAACGCUCAAGCGUCCAAUGCAUUUCACUCCGAAAUAUAUGCCGCUGGCACCGAAUAUGCGCUAUGCCAAGCAAUCGCGCAAUUGAUGAGUGCGGUGGUUGGGGUGCUGAACGAAAGCCUGACAGAAAGUAUCAAGGCGUUCUAUCGGUUGAGAAAGGCUUACAUCACGCUGGACGCCAUCAUGAAGAUGGAAGAAAAGUUCAUGGAGCAGAGAGACUCGAAUAAAGUUCUACUGCCAACUCCUUUCGUCAAAACGAGGCCCAAAAUCAGCCACCGCCGAACACGCGGAUCUCAAUUCGUCACUAAAAGGGUUGGCCAUCUCUUGCCAGGAAGAUUCCCCGGUUCCUUCGGGCACUUCAACGCCUUCCGCCAGCAUAUUCAUCAUGACCCCGACUCGGACAUCUUCAAAAAUGAGAUCGAUGUCUUUGUGCACUCCGGUGCCAACUUCUGCUUUGGUAUUCUCCUCCUACUAAUUUCCAUGGUUCCUCCGGCAUUCAGCAAGCUUCUUUCCAUCAUUGGCUUCCAUGGGGACAAACAACGAGGUCUGAGGAUGCUCUGGCAAGCUAGCAAGUUUCACAAUCUCAUCGGUGCCAUGGCUGCUCUCGCACUUCUAGGAUAUUACAACGGUUUCGUUCGCUACUGCGAUAUUAUGCCCGAUCCAACUUCGGGCGAGGCCGAUGUCGAGGGUUACCCACGGGAAAGACUCGCUGCUUUGCUAGCGGAGAUGCGGUCUCGGUUCCCCAAUAGCCGACUUUGGCUGCUCGAAGAAUCGCGGAUGCUAGGUGCAAAUAAGAAUUUGGACGGUGCUUUGGAACUGUUGUGUACGGAUAACAAGAGCCCACUUAAGCAGGUCGAGGCGCUAUGUGUAUUCGAGAAAAGCUUGAACGCACUGUUCCUCCACCGAUACCAAGUCUGCUGCGAAGCAUUCAUUGAGUGCGUGGAUCUCAACUCGUGGUCCCGGUCGCUGUACUACUACAUCGCCGGAUCCUGCCAUGUUGUCCUGUACCGGCAAUGCCUUAAGGACACCAAGCUGGAAAAGUUUGCAGCAGAGCAUGCCAAGAAAGCCGCCUUGUACAUCCGGAAGGCCCCCGAAUUUGCCGGCAAAAAGCGCUUCAUGGCCCGGCAACUGCCAUUUGAUGUGUUUGUGUCUCGGAAAGUGGCAAAAUGGGAGGCGCGCGCCAAAGCGUGGAAUGUGCCUCUGGUGGAUGCAAUUGGUGUGGACCCCAUUGAAGAGAUGAUCUUCUUCUGGAACGGGCACAGUCGCAUGACCAACGAGCAGCUGGAGGAGUCCCUGAGCCGACUGGCAUGGUGCGAAAGCGAGGCCAACCAGACGUGGUCUCGCGAAGGAAUCGAAGAAAAAGCCAUCUUGGAGCUUCUUCGUGCUGCCGUUUUGCGAUCCCUUGGCAGAUAUGAAGAGGCGAAGAACACAUUGCAGACUCGCGUCCUGAGCCAUGACAAGUCUGUCUUCAAGGGACACCUGAAGGAUGACUGGGUCCAUCCAGUUGCCCAUUUUGAGAUGGCAGCCAACUUCUGGAUGGAGCGACCUACAUUCCAGGUACUACAUGGCACCGCUUCUUCUCCCAAGACAUCGGAUGAUGUUUCCACCGGGUCUGGAGAGUUGAGCACCGAGGCCGAGAGAAAGCAGGUACGCCAGUGCAAGGAGUACCUUGACCAUGCUGCUCGCUGGGAGAGCUAUGAGCUCGAUGCUCGUAUUGGUCUGAAGGUUACAGCCGCGAUGGAAGCGGUACACAAGUGGGAGAGUACGCAUCCAACAGCGUAA